GUUGUUUCCAGCGUAUCUUCUUAAUUUACAGGGGUAUAUACUCCCCACUCCCCACGCGCUGUGGCUGCACUUUCCAUGCGUUGUAUGCUUGAUUUUUGGCCUGUGAUUGACGAGUUUUUUUUUUAUUCCUCCUUCCCUGUCUGUUCCGCGUGAAGAUCUACAUACCCUACCACUUCAGUUUUCUUCUUAAUUCAUCAUCUCCAACAAUGACGCUGGUCGCAGCUCGCGUGCUGAACCACUGAUAUUUCGCUGUUCUGUUUAUUAGCUGUCUAGAAGCCAGACUUUUCCAUACGAAAAAAGCAACUAAUACGACGUGCUUUUUUAGAAAGUACAUAACUUACUUUAGAUAGGCGAUCUCCGUUCGUUUUUUAUCAGAUUUUCCGACCCUCUAGAACGUGAACGUUUUCGAGUCCGUCCGCAAGUCCGCGCGCCACGCGAAACCCCGCAACACCCGUUCAAUUUGCUUGGAUAGAUGGAUAGUUCUCGUCUUUAUCACCACUGCGAAUAGAUAUUUACGGCAUAUAGCAUAUGGUUUAGGCAUUAUCGCGAGAUUCUCUUUUCUGUGUUAGGUUUUCAUCCCACCCUUAUUAAUAGAAUCCGGCAUUUUCGCAACUAUGGCGGACGGUAAACCCGCUGAGGAGGCACAGCCUCCGGUCGUCGUACCGAAAUCGAAACCUACGAAAGUGAAAGAGUUAUAUCCAAUGUCGGAUUGGAAGUACGAUCUCUUCUUACAUACCUUCUCCGUCCUCGUAGACCUGUUCUUCCGAGAAGUCCACCCACGAGGCGCAUGGCGAAUUCCGAGAACAGGACCUAUCCUAUUUGUCGCGGCGCCGCAUGCGAACCAGUUCGUCGACGCCCUAGUCCUACAGCGAACCUUGAAGAACGAAGCGCAACGACGUCUCGGUCUCUUGAUCGCUGAGAAAUCUGUACACGGUUUUAUUGGGUGGGGGUCUCGGCAAACUGGUUCUGUUCCGGUCGGCCGGGCUCAGGAUAAGGCGAAACCCGCGACAGGUCUCAUCUACCUUCCCGACCCCAUCAAUGACCCAACUCUAAUUCGGGGUGUGGGUACGAACUUCGAGAAGGAAGCUGAGGUUGGUGGUAUGAUAUUCUUGCCUUCCGUGAAGGGAGAGUCGGGUAGUUCAGUCGAUAUUUCCAAGAUCAUUGGACCCGAGGAAGUCCGAAUCAAGCGACCACUCAAGGGAAAGCUCCCUAUGCGACAACUUACCGGUCGAGACGACAUCGACGAGAAGGGGAACUUUACUAAUAAGGACCUCAAGGGAAUAAAGGAUGGCUAUGAAGGUACUAAGUUUAAGCUGGCCCCUCAUAUUGACCAGACCGAAGUUUACAAGGCUGUUUUCAGCCGUCUAAGGGCAGGCGGUUGUAUUGGUAUUUUUCCCGAAGGAGGCAGCCACGACAGAACAGAACUGCUGCCCCUGAAGGCUGGUGUCGCUAUCAUGGCUUUGGGUGCCCUAGCUGAAGACCCCGAUUGUGGAUUACAGAUUGUCCCUGUCGGAAUGAACUACUUCCAUGCUCACAAGUUUCGAUCACGGGCCGUUGUUGAGUUUGGAGCUCCUUUCCAAAUCCCAAGAGAUCUGGUAGAGAAGUACAAAAAUAACGAGAGAAGAGAUGCGAUUGGGCAGACCCUUGACAUGGUUCACCAGGCCUUGAGCGCCGUCACGGUGUCCGCCCCCGAUUACGAUACCCUAAUGUGCAUUCAAGGCGCUAGGAGGCUUUACAACACCGGAAGGAAACUACCAUUACCAAUGGUGGUUGAGCUCAACAGAAGGCUAGCUGUGGGCUUCUCUAAAUACAGGGACGACCCGCGCAUUAUUGACUUGAUGAAUAACGUUAGGGACUACAACAAGCAACUUCGCUAUCUGAAUAUUAAAGAUCACCAAGUCGCUUACGCCAAGAUGACUCUUCCGACGGUCAUCUUCACCCUUCUAUACCGAGUAAUCAAGCUCAUUCUCCUCUCCAUUGGUGUGAUCCCUGGCCUUUUCCUAUUUGCUCCAGUGUUCGCCGCUUCUAAGAUUAUAAGCCGUAAGAAGGCGAAGGAAGCCCUGGCAGGUUCAUCGGUCAAGAUUCAGGGUCGCGACGUUAUGGCGACAUGGAAAUUGCUCGUCGCUAUGGCUUUUGCACCCGUUCUAUACAAUCUAUAUUCCAUCCUACUCGCAUUCAAAGUUUACCAAGACCAUCUAUGGGGCUACGUUCCACAAUGGGUACCAUUCUGGCUAGUCUUCAUUGCCGGAUGGAUCGUCUUCCCUGCCAUCACAUUUGGCGCAUUACGAUUUGGUGAGGUUGGGAUGGAUAUCUUCAAGUCGCUCAGACCGCUAGUCUUGUGCAUUAGCCCAAAAUCCAGCUAUAGUAUCCACAAGCUACGAGAGCGGAGGGCAGAAUUAUCUAAGAAGGUCGUUAAGGUCAUCAACGACCUUGGCCCCGACAUGUAUGAGGAUUUCGAACAUACUCGCCUCAUUGCCGAUCCGUCCCGCGCUGACGGCGCACUCAGCUCGCCAAAGGAAGCAGGAAUACCAGAGAGAACCGAACCGACGCCACCAGAGUCGCCGCAUCUAUCGAGAAAGAACACGACAUUAUCCAGCCGUGCGAUCCCGCGCAACGAGUCCUUCAGCAACAUUGGUGCCAUUGGCAUGUUUGCCACGCGCCCGCCUUCCCGGUCUAGAAGUCGGAGCAGCAGCAGCGGAGGCGGCUUCGGAUCCGGCGGAUUCCCGGUUUCCGGGUUUACGGCGCUGGAUACGAGCGAGGGGUUCAAUGAGGCGAGUAACAAGAUUCGCGCAGCGAUGCGCCAAAGAGGACAAUUAAGGAGGAGGAAGAGUGGAUUAUCAUCAGAUGGUGACGCGAGUGAAGGGGCGUGAAGAUUGGGGCUAAUGAAAAUAGGGGAUAAUGGGAGGGGAAAAGGGGGAUACGGAUCGAAUCAAUCAUGGUGGUUUAUGCAUGCAUGUAUGUUUUGGAUUCGGAGUUGACUGACUUUGACUUGAGUUAUCGAUCAUCAUAAUAUAAUCGUGUUAACCUUUCGGGGAGAGGGAGGUGUAACGUGGGAUCGGGGUGUCUAAUGGCGGUUCCUGAUCAUUCGCAAUGGUUCAUAAUCGCUUACCUAGGUAUAAGUGUUUGCUAUUUGGGCUUUGAGAUGUGAUACGAACAUAGUCUAGAUAUAUGGGUUUAUGGGUGGCAUUAUGUAUCGUUUAUCUAGAAUAUCCCAUUUUGUACAAGACUUUAGUUUCUUCAGAUUUUCAGACAUGCAGCCACAUAAUCUAUUCGGUGCUAUCA